AUGUACAGGACUAAACAUAUUACCCUGCGAGGAAUGCUACCCUUCAUUCUCCCCAUUCAAGUGAUCAAUAAGAAUAUCUGGAUCCUGCACAAUCUCACACUCGGAUACAAUGUCCAUGACAACUAUGUGAGCACUCUACGCACUUCUGAUGCUAUGCUGGACAUUCUCUCUACUGGAAAAACCAAUGUUCCCAACUACAGCUGUGGAAGGAAAGACAAUCUUCUGGCUAUUAUUGACGGGGCUUACAGGGAAAUCUCCACACAGAUGUCAACAUUAUUAGGCACCUACAAAGUUGCACAGUGGCUACUUGAUCAGACUGUCNAAACUCCCAUUGUCAAAGCCAACAACCGGGACCUCUCUUACAUCCUCCUUGUCUCCCUCUUGCUUUGUUUCUUGUCUCCUUUUCUCUUCAUUGGUCAACCAAGGAAAGUCACCUGCCUUCUCCGACAAACAGUUUUCAGCAUCAUCUUCUCAGUUGCUAUUUCUUCACUCUUGGCCAAAACCAUCACAGUGGUGCUGGCUUUUCUGGCCACAAAACCAGGCAACCAAAUGAAGAGAUGUUUGGGGAAGAGCUUGGCCAACUCCAUCAUCCUUUCUUGUUCUAGUGUCCAAAUUAUGAUCUGCUCCAUCUGGCUGGGAAUUUCUCCCCCAUUCUCUGACUCUGAUUUUCACUCUCAGCCUGGAGAGAUCAUCCUGCAAUGCAAUGAAGGCUCUGUUUUCAUGUUCUACAUCAACCUCAGCUACAUGGGCUUCCUGGCUGCCAUAUGCUUCACAGUGGCUUUCCUGGCCAGAAACCUACCUGGGGCUUUCAAUGAAGCCAAGCUGAUCACCUUCAGCAUGCUGGUCUUCUGCAAUGUUUGGGUCUCCUUCCUGCCCACCUACAUGAGCACCAAAGGCAAAUACAUGGUGGCUGUUCAGUUCCAUCCCUUUCUGGAGAAGAAUGAGUUCUACAAUCUUUCCCACUGGAAACUUUACCUGGACCAAAAUGGAAAAAUAGCUGCAGAUAUGGACAUUGAGGUCAUGGUGAUUUCACCAGAGGGGGAUUUGAUCAAAAGGAAACUGGGAUAUAUUGAAAGACAGAGACUUAUUAUUAAUGAAAUUGCUCUUUCAUGGCUAAAUCUGCUCAACAAGGCAGUUUCUGUGAAGGUUAGAAAGACAUGCUCACUGAAUUUUGAGAUCCAGGAUGAGAAAAAACCAUGGAACUAUUACAGACCAGGAGACCAUCUCAUUGCUACAGUCUCAACUGAAACCACAUCCUUACCUAGGAAGUUGCCUUUCAACAUGGCUCCUUCUAGUCAGUCUCGCUCUGCAGGACUUUAUUUUAAACUACUAAUCCUGGCUUUUGCCAUUCAAACCAUCAACAAGAAUCCUCAGCUCCUGCCCAAUCUCACACUUGGCUACAACCUGCAUGACAACUAUGUCAGCACCCUUGGCACUUCAGAAGCCUUGCUGGACAUACUCUCUACUGGACAAGCCAAUGUUCCCAACUACAGCUGUGGAAGGAAGGAAAACCUUUUGGCUGUUGUUGAUGGAGCUAAGAGGGAAACUUCCAUCCAGAUGUCAACAUUAGUAGGAGCCUACAAAGUCCCACAG